GGUACAGGUGGCAUCAAUGGCUGUUAUUAUGACUUUAUUUACCCUUCUCUUCAAAGUAUUGAGCUUGCCGUUACAACUGAUGGAGUUUGUAGGGAUAUACAGCCUGUACAAGCGUGUAUUUCCCUUCAUGGUGUACAAAAUAUCAAUUAAUUACAACAAAAAAAUGCACUUUAAAAAGAAGGAACUUUUUAGCAAUCUGUCUGAGUUUGCAGGUCCUGACGGCAGGCUAAAGCUUCUGGAGAUUGGUUGCGGAAGUGGGGCCAACUUUGAAUACUACCCAUCAGGCUGCAAGAUCAUAUGUACGGAUCCAAACCCCCACUUCGAGACGUACUUGCAGAAAAGCCUUGCCGCUAACGAUCACCUCGUCUUUGAGAAAUUCAUAGUUGCCUCAGGCGAAGAUCUCGGAGCAGUGCGUGAUAAUUCGGUAGACGUGGUGGUGUGUACGCUGGUACUGUGUUCUGUCAACAAUACCAAACGAGUACUGGAGGAGGCCCAUCGCUUACUGAGGCCGGGUGGUGCUCUGUAUUUCAUGGAGCAUGUGGUGUCUGAUCCCUCCACCUGGACACACUUCUUUCAGCAUGUUUUGCAGCCCUUGUGGUAUUAUUUUGGAGAUGGCUGUGAGGUUACAAGAAUGACAUGGAAGGAUCUGGAAGCUUCGAAAUUUUCAGACCUAAAAUUAAGACAUAUUGAAGCUCCUCUUAUAUUCAUUAUCAAACCACACAUUCUAGGUUAUGCAGUCAAAUAGAAGUACAAAGGAAAAAGAUUGUGUUCAGCACUGUUUCAGCACUUGUCUGACUUUGUCUAACAUUGAGCACUUGUUUGUUGACUUCUAAACCAAUAUUAAAAUCCAUUUUGCACAGAAUACAGUCACAUAAAUCUUAUAUAACCCUAUAAAACCCCUUAAGAGGCUGUGUUAUUCAAGUCUGUAGAUUUCUAUCUUAAAUUCACAUUUCAUAGCUGAAAUAAACCUAAAUAUACACAUCAUACAGGUAGAAUGUUUUUUUAGUUGAAAUCACAUGUUGUAUUCUCCAUAUUUUGGCAUUUCUAAUUAUAAAAAAAUACAAUGUGGACAGGAUUAUUAAUAAAGAAGUACUGUGCUAAUAUCUGUACUUCGCCCAGAUGUUUUUUUUCCCCCCAUAUUGUGAAAUUGCAUCCCCAUAAUUUGUAACCACCUUUGUCACACAUAGACUUUGACUCAUUAAUCAGUGUCUCAGCCCUGGCAUGCUUUUGUGCAAAACACUUUGGCAGUGUGCAAAGACAAGGAGUGGUCCGGGCAUAGGACUCUGCACACUAGGGAAAUGUAUUGGCUCUCUCACACCUGUACAGAGUGCAGACAAGAAAAUCUAGUCCAUUAUACAUAAAGAUGUCAUACACUUGUGAAGUUGCUGUGAAAAAAAGAGCUUCCAAAUCCAGUUAAAUGAGAAUGUAACAGUGUGAGCAUAUGUAUGUUGUCUGCCAUUGUUUGCUUUCAAAAUAAUUUGUCUUCAGCAAAAAUGUCAUCGUCCUGUUCAUGAGACAUCAUUUCUUAGAGACAAAUGUAGUGCUUCA